CGGACUUUUGUUUUGGAAAGCUGCUACCCAGCGGCCGCCAUUAUUCUUCCUGGCUUGACUGUCGGAAGAAAGGCAUUUAAUGACUUUUAAACAUUAUAUUUGGGCUAAAACAAUAACACCGUGAGUGUAUCUGUGUAGUCGUUGCACAUUCUCAUGAAGUAGGGGAACCCACGCGGGCACAGAAUGGAGAAACGGUCCGAUACCACAGGUGCCCUCCCCCUCUCCUCCCUCCGCCUCAUGGCCUCCCCCCUGCAGCUCACCUACUCGUACAUCUGGCAGGUCAUCCGGCAGAGAAACGUCAAGCAGUACGCGAAAGUGGAGGAGUUUGUUACCAUGGUGACGCAAACUGUCCCCGACCUCAUCAGCUUCAAGCAGACGGCGCAGCUCGUCCUGGGGUUGAGAGCGAGGAUCAUUUUGGAUUUGCUUCAAAAGGACGGCCCACCGGAUUCUAAAGCCAUUCAAACGCUCAUAAAUAAGCUGAAAGUCUUAGCGAAGGACCCAGAGGUGGAGAAAUCCCAAACGAACUUCAUGGUGCUGGUGCAGAACCUGCUCAAGAACCCAGCGGAAAAAAAGCGCUUCUUCCAGGAAGUGUUCCCCGUUCAGUACGGGACGAAGUUCGACGUGGCGCUGCAGGCUCUCACUGCAGGUCUGGUCUGCAAGCUGGAGCAAGUUCUUCCUGUUCCCAAUCUCUCCCAGCUCGGCUCCAUGCUCUCCGCCCAGCCCUCGGAGCUGGGGGCCUGCGGCGGAUUCAUUCCCGACAGCCGGGACCUGAAGACCCUCCUCCUGCACCAGCAGGCCAAGGGGCUGCUGGGUAUUAAAGCAACUAUCUCGUCCUCCGUGGGAAACUGCGUCCUCUCUUCACUCGCCUUCCGACCCAAACCAGUCGAGCCUCCUCCACCUACUCCUCCACCUCCCCUCCUCCACCACCGCCGCCAUCCCCCCAAAACGUGUAGAAGUAACAACCAAUGAAACGAGCUCAGCCUCCCUCAGUGACGCUGAGGACCUCGGAGUGAUGUCAGACGACGCUGAAACCCCUGACAUCAGACCACAGGAGGCAGGGGGGGGUGCUAACACAGCUGAUGGAGGAGCAGAGAAGGAAAAAAGUGCCGCAAACACAGUUGAGACGGAGGAAUCGGUGCAAAGAAAAGUACACCGGAACCACCAGGGGAACAGGAAGCAGCAGAUAAACCAGAAGCGCAGCCGGCUCCAAAAGCCAUCCCUUUCCGGGUCGUCUCGAUGCCAGUGAAGUCCACCUCUCAGAGUGCAGCAGCAACAAAAGACGCCCAAAAGCCCAACACUCAUCGGGUCACGCUGCAUCAGUGGGUGUCACAGAUCGCACCAACUCCCUCUCGCUCCCCGCCCCUGCCUCCCCUCCCCCCCGCCCAGCUGAUGUUAGACGACGACGACAAGCCCAGCAUUAGGAGGAAGAAGCAGAUCCGACCCCCGCGGACCGAUACACCUGCAGCGUCUGUGACAAGAGCUUCCCGUACCAGUCCAAGCUGAUGGACCACGAGCGCAUCCACACCGGAGAGAAGCCCUUCGUGUGCACCGCCUGCAACAGAGCUUCAGGACCCAGGCGUUCCUCAACAACCACCUGAAGACGCACAGCACGCGCGCCCCUACGCCUGCGGGCAGUGUGGGAAGUGCUUCACCAAACUGCAGAGCCUCUCCAAACACAUGCUGGCUCACAGCGGCCAGAAGCCCUUCUACUGCAACAUCUGCAACAAGGGCUUCACGCAGUCCACCUACUUCAAGCGCCACAUGGAGUGCCACACCAGCCAGAUGACGUUCCCCUGCAAGCACUGCAGCAAGAGCUUCCCCACGGCCUUCAAGCUGUCCAACCACGAGCGCUGGCACACCCGAGACCGCCCUCACAUGUGCGAGCGCUGCGGGAAGAGGUUCCUCGUCCCCAGCCUGCUGAAGAGACACAUGGGAUACCACAUCGGAGACCGCCAGUACCUCUGCUCCCAGUGCGGAAAGACCUUCGUGUACCUGUCGGACCUGAAGAGGCACCAGCAGGACCACGUGCCCAAAGCUAAGAUCCCCCCCGCCCCGUCUGCCAGAAGAAGUUCUCCAGCAAAUACUGCCUGAGGGUCCACCUGAGGAUCCAUACAAGAGAGGCCGUACCGCUGCUCCAUCUGCGAGAAGACCUUCACCCAGGUGGGGAAUCUGAAGGUCCACAUCCGGCUGCACACCAACGAGCGGCCGUUCAGCUGCGACGUCUGCGGCAAAACCUACAAGCUGGCGUCCCAUCUGAACGUGCACAAGAGGACGCACACCUGCAAGAAGCCGUGGACGUGUGAAACGUGCGGGAAGGGCUUCUCCGUGCCCGGCCUGCUGAAGAAACACGAGCAGAUGCACACGAGGGACGCUAACCCCGAGCUCGCCGGGAAACGGAGACACCGGGUAAGCACAAGAAGCACUCGGUCAAGAGGAAGUACGACGAGGAAGAGGAGGCGAGCGAUGAUUAUUAAUCAAAGAAACAUUUACGUAUACAAUAAGGAUGCUCUGAUUCCAAGUGGCCUGAUUGGAUAACGUUAAUAGCCACAUAGCUACUGUGUCAUUGGGUCCAUUUUAUAAACCAUAUUAGUUAGCAGUGUGAUAAGCCACCAUGGUGGUUAAGGUAGUGAAAACACAUAUAGAAUAAUGUUAGGAUAUGUUUUCUGAUCAUUGGAUUUAAAAACUACCAAUUUGAGUUAUGAUGGGUGGUUGGCUCGAACAGUUUUCAACAAAUAAAGCCCCUUUGUUGUUCUGUGUUUCAUAUAAUCAGGUGAUGUGCCACAAUACGUUGAGGAAAUGAUGUUACCCUUAACUGUCACAUCGUGAGAGAUAGCCUACAAGGGAGUAGUACACAUUUUAAAGUAUUUUUCAGAGUUGUCAAUCAUUUUCAUUACAGAAUCAUGGAUAAAAGAAAUGUCAUUUUCCAAACAUUGUACUUGGUCAACGUAGCCAACCCUUAAUGAAUUAUGUAACGAUAUAACGAAGCAUUUCAACUCAUGUACCUGUAGAUAAUGUGAUGUAGUCUUUGUGGAAACUGUAGGAACUACUUUUACCACUCACUUUUUUAUGUAACCAUGUAAACAGCACAGCGACUCUGCUUUUGUUUUAGACAACAGGCUGGAUAUCAUCUCGUCCAGCAGUAGGUGUGUGUUGUUGCUCUGAUGAUGAAAAUAUGACAAUGUUAUUGUAGCGUGGACACGAUGAAAGCUUUUCGAAGGUUUGAUGAGGUUUUGCUGUGAAUCUUAACUCAAGUCAAUAAGAAUAUAUACCUGUUUUUGAUGUUUUGCAGAAAAAUAAACACAUAGCAAAGAA